AUGGAUGCGAAGGUUGAGUCGGAACUGACUGUUGGUUCCAUGGAAAUGCCAAUAAAGGAGGUGGUGUUGUACAACAAUGGCUACGGUGUUUUUCUGCGCGAGGUGCCUGUUAGUGGGCGUGGACACAUUGAUUUGUUCUUUCGAGAACCAGAUAUGAAGGACGUACUGCAGUCGCUCUGUUUCAAGUCUGCGGGUGGUCUGAGUGGUUUGGGAAACAUUUCGUACGAGUCUAGUCGCCCACAGGCUCACAUACAGUUGAAGAGCACAAAUCCGCUGACAGAGCUGUUGCAGUCUCUGAAAGGAACAAGAAUUCGUGUGGGUUUAAAAACCAGUGAGACAGUGGAAGGUGUUGUGUUGGGCGUUGAUGAAAAUUUGACAUCUUGUGACGGCUCAGAUCCAGUUCCUCAUGUCACAUUGCUUACAGACGAUGGUCGAGGUCUUCACUCAUUGGAAAUUUCUGCAAUAGCUAACACUGUGAUUCUUGAUGCUGCUAUUCGUCAUGACAUACAACAUGCUUUAGAGCUGUUUCGGUCAGAGAAAAAGCGAAAUAUGCAGAGGUUGACUGUGUUCUACCACAACAUGAGCAGCAAUGAUAUGCUCAGUGUCAAAUAUGGACUUCGAGUUGGGGAAUGGAAGUGUUCAUAUCGUAUGGUUCUUUCUGACCACCCAACUAAGUUUCAUUUAGAUGGAUUUGCAAUAAUUACAAACACACAGGAGGAAGACUGGACUGAUGUGAAGCUGUCAUUAGUUGUUGGAGCCCCACCUUUGGGAUCUAGCUCUGAUUCGAGUGGUAAUAGACGAUCAUCUAACCAAGGUUCUCUUGAACUUGAAAUCAAACCAAUUCAUGGCUCAUCCUUCUUUAUUCGAGCUGAGGCAAGAGACACCGUUGAAACUAUCAAAGAGAAGAUCAAUGACAAGAAAGGAAUUUUAAUAGAGAAGCAGCGUUUGCUAUAUGCGGGCAAGCAGAUGGAAAGCGGGAGAACGCUGUCGGACUACAACAUUGCAAAUGGAGCAUGCAUUAACUUGGUGCAGAGAGAAGGAGGAGCAAUGAGAAACACACGCUCCAGUCAAAGACAGUUUGUUAUGGCUGCCGAGGGGAAUCUCUCAUUCUAUUGUAUCUCUAUGCCAGUGACUGCUAAACGAAAACAAACUGCUAUUGUGCCAUUGCUGCAGUCAGAAAUGGUUGGACAGAAGGUUGUACUCUAUGAUGGAACAAUAAGGAAGGGGAACCCUUUGUGUGCUAUUCUAUUUGAGAAUACAACUGGAAGAACACUUGAGGGCGGCAGUGUGCAAGUCAUGAAUGAUGAACAUUUUUUGGGUGACGGAAGCUUUCAAACAUUGUAUCCAAGAGAUGAGUCUCCUCCUAUUCCGUAUGCAGUUGAGUUGGACUGUGAGGUCACACUAGAUCACAACGUAUCUGUAUUGAGAGUACAUCACGUUAAGAUCUCUGACGCUGAGGCUAAACUGUACCGCUACAGACGACAUCGAUCAAUGUAUCGAAUCUUUAACAAAACGGAAAGGGAACUUGACUUUAUGCUCAAUCAUGAAUUUCUAGAUGGGUGGGACUUGAUGCAACCUCAUGUGGAAGAAGAAGAACCUGUUGAUAUUACUGAUAGGUUUUAUCAGUUUCGCUUUGUUGUGAAAGCUACAGAUGAGAAGACACUCUUUAAUGUCAGGGAGGAAAUUCAAGAUGAGGAGACAGUUGAUUUACACACAGUUUUAGAGGAAACCGUGACAAAAUGGGUAGAGAAGCGAGUUGUUGAUCAUCAGACUGCCGGAAUUCUCAGAGAAACUCUUGUACUUCGCAAGCAGAGUGAUGACCUAGUGAAGAAUGUUUAUGAGAAAGAGAAUGAGAUUCGUGAGGUAAAAGAAACACAAAGUCGUCUUCGAGAAAACAUCCAGGCUCUGCAAGGAUUUGAAAGGGAUUCUGCUAAGUAUGUCAAGUCUUUAGCAGCAGAAGAAGACAAACUGAAAGCUUUGCAUACACAAAUUAAAAGUUUGCGACAGGAUAAGACAGAGCGUCACAAACAAGUGACUGAGAAGCUCAAGCGUAUUGACUUCACUUGUGAUGUCAAGUACGAUACUGCAGAAGAAGAUGGCAAGUAAAAUGUCUGAUAUGGCAGUUGACGGAUGAGUUUAAUUGAAUAACAUGUGUGAUGACUAUAUUACUAGGUACAUGUGAAAAAAUAUUGCCGCUCGUGUGUUGUAUUGUGUACCCAUUCUUGUGAGCAUGUCAAUGAUGUACUAGUCAGCUUCAGUAUAGAGUAAUUGCAACACA